AUGUUGAUGAUUUGGAGUACGGUCCGUGAGGUGGUGGUCAAAGACAUCGGGGAAACUCUUUUCUUGUUUAUAUUUGCGACUGAAAAGGAUAGACAGAAGGUUUUGCGCAGUGGGCCUUGGAACUUUGACAAAGCCCUAGUUUUACUAGAGACUCCUGACGGUAGUAUUGCUCCAUCCAAGAUGCUUCUCAAAUAUGCAGACUUAUGGAUUCAAGUCCACAAUGUACCAUUGAGCUAUAUGUCGACAAAUAUAGGGAGACAGAUUGGAAAUAGUUUCGGACGGUGUUUGGAUGUCAUGGAAGGUAUGGAUGGGGAGUGUUUGGGUAGAUUCCUCAGGAUAAGGGUCAGGGUGGAUGUCUCCAAGCCGUUAAGACGAGGGAAAAAAAUGUUACUACCUUAUGGGAAUACGGUGUUCGUGGAGUUCCGAUACGAACGUCUGCCAGAAUUUUGUUUCUGCUGUGGUCGAGUGGGUCAUGUGUUCAAAGAGUGUUCUUUCGUGGACCAGGUUGCAAAACAAGCAAGGGAAAAGCCAUACGGUAUUUGGCUUAAGGCCACAAAGGAUUUUCAUCCAAUUAGGGCUGGCAGUCCUAAACGAAACAGGGGCAGUGGUAUGGGUACCAACAAAACACGAGGGCUAGCAGAGGAUGGUGAGUCUGGAGCUCAUGGAGAGUGGUUGGUACAGCAAGGAGCGCCUAUCCAUGCCCAACACCUAAGCAGCGAUGAGGAAGGGGACUGGGUGAAAGAGAGGGAGAUGAAGGAGGGAAGGCAGAAGGGUAGUUCUAGUGGGGAGAAGGUGGAUGAAUUCUCUAUGGGUCCGUUGGGUAGACAAAGGGUGGGCGAGAGACUACAACCACCGAGGGAGGCAAAACAGGAGGCGGUAGCAGGAGUGGGAUUGGCCAGCAGCAGGGGAUCGGGGAACUCUUAG